AAAGGUAAUGGCGACGCAAUUGGGGUCUGAGUCCCCUUGUAAGGGGGCAAGACGAAAGAGCCGUAAUGGGAAUAUAAUCACAAAUAUCAGACAGAGCCAGAUCACAGGACAAGGAUUUAGUCGAGGGACUCAGCUCCCUGAGGCUCUGCUGCAGGAGCGAGACAAGCUGGCCAAAUGGCACGGUAUCCCAGUGCUCCUGCAGGGCCUGCACGAGAGUAGCCACCUCAACAGCGACUUCACACACACGCGCAGCGUGCUCAAGGAGCUGUCUUCCCUGCUGUCCAUGGAGGCCAUGUCUUUUGUGACGGAGGACAGGAAGACGGUUCAGGAGUCCUCCUUCCCCAACACGUACACCUUCGACUUGUUCGGUGGGGUAGACCUGCUGGUGGAAAUUCUGAUGCGACCUACCCUCACCGCGCUGAAGAAGAAGCCCAAGAUGAAUGACGACCUGGUGAAAGACUGCCUUAGUGUUCUUUACAACUGCUGUAUCUGUACGGAAGGGGUGACCAAAAGCCUGGCGGCGCGGGACGACUUUGUGCUGUUCCUCUUCACACUGAUGACCAAUAGGAAGACAUUUCUACAGACUGCCACCCUCAUUGAGGACAUACUCGGUGUCAAAAAGGAGAUGAUCCAGCUGGAGGACAUCCCCAACCUGUGUGGCCUGGUCCAGAGCUUCGACCAGCAGCAGCUGGCCAACUUCUGCCGCAUCCUCUCGGUCACCAUCUCUGAGCCAGACCUCGGCAACGACGACAAGCACACGCUCCUGGCCAAAAACGCCCAGCAGAAACGCAACGCCAGCCCCUCUAGCGCUGAGCUGAACCAGGUGACAUUGCUGAACAUCCCUGGCUUCAUUGAGCGGCUGUGUAAGCUGGCCACGCGGAAGGUGUCCGAGGCCCCGGGGGCUUCCAGUUUCCUACGGGAGCUAGAGGACUGGUACAGCUGGCUGGACAAUGUGAUGGUGCUGGACGCCUUCAUGCUCAUGGCCACAGAUGAGGCCGAGCUCUCCAGCACAGAGUCCUCGGACGAUGGCAGUUUGGUGGCGAGCCCCCUGCGGCACCGCUUGCCCCAGUCCAUGAAGACGGUGCAUGAGAUCAUGUACAAGGUGGAGGUGCUCUACGUGCUGUGUGUGCUGCUCAUGGGACGACAGAGGAACAUGGUGCACAAAAUGCUGGCAGAGUUCCGUCUUAUUCCAGGACUCAACAACCUGUUUGACAAACUCAUCUGGAAAUACCCACCCACCAACCAUGUGGUACAUGGGCAGAACGAGAACUGUGACUGCAGCCCGGAAAUCUCCUUCAAGAUUCAGUUCCUCAGGCUCCUGCAGAGCUUCAGCGAUCACCACGAAAACAAAUAUCUGUUGCUGAACAGCCAGGAGCUGAAUGAACUGAGUGCCAUCUCUCUGAAGGCAAACAUUCCUGAGGUGGAGGCCCUGGUCAAUACAGACAGGAGUCUAGUGUGUGAUGGCAAAAAAGGCCUCCUCACCCGUCUGCUCACAGUCAUGAAGAGAGAGCCGCCUGACUCCUCCUUCAGGUUUUGGCAGGCGAGAGCCGUGGAGAGUUUCCUAAGGGGAGCUACUUCUUACGCUGACCAGAUGUUCUUGCUCAAGAGAGGCCUGCUGGAGCACAUCCUGUUCUGCAUUAUCGACAGUGGCUGUAAGUCCAGGGACGUGUUGCAGAGCUACUUCGACCUGCUGGGGGAGCUCAUGAAGUUCAACAUCGACGCCUUCAAGCGCUUCAACAACUACGUCAACACAGACGAGAAGUUCCAGAUGUUUUUGACGCAGAUCAACAGCUCUCUGGUGGACUCCAACAUGCUGGUGCGCUGCAUUGUGCUUUCUCUGGACCGCUUCGAGAGCCAGACGGGGGAUGUAAAAGUGGUGGAGGUGCUCUCAGAGUGCGCUCUCCUUUCCUACAUGGCCAGGGUGGAGAACCGGCUGUCCUUCCUCUUCCGACUGGUCAACAUCAUCAAUGUGCAGACACUCACACAGGAGAACGUGAGCUGCCUGAACACCAGCCUGGUGAUCCUGAUGCUGGCGCGGCGGCGGGCCAAGCUGCCCUUCUACCUGGGCGUGCUGCGGGAGAAGGAGUACGCUGAGAAGUACCCCGGCUGCCUCCUCAACAACUUCCACAACCUGCUGCGCUUUUGGCAGCACCACUACCUCAACAAGGACAAGGACAGCACCUGUCUGGAGAAUAGCUCCUGCAUUCCCUUCAGCUUCUGGAAGGAGACUGUGUCUGUGCUCUUAGAGCAGGAUAGGACUUCUCCCUGUGCCAUAGCCAGCUACAUCGACGAGCCUUACAUGGACCUAGACCAGGACCUGCUAGAGGAUUAACACAUCAGCGCCAUCACACAGACACAGACAGAUCCGGGUGGGGGGUUGUUUGUGAUGGGGGUACAGGGGAAUGGCGAGAGAGAGAGGACGGUGGAGCAAUGGCCGUCAGAGCACCACCUCCCUCUGUCCUCUGCGUCCUCUCCUCUGGACUGCCUGGACAGGAAGGCGUCCCUCCAAGCCCCGGUGGAGGCAGCACCUGAGCCCAUCUGGGCCCCCACUACAGAGCCCCCUCCACUGGGCAUGCUUAUGCACGGCUGGGGCUUGGAGGCCAACAGCACCACACCUACCCACAGGAAGAUUUGUACCCCCCCCACCAGCUGAAGCCCGCCAGCCAUCUCAAAACCAGUGGCCACUCAUUCAUCACACCAGUUCCUCAGUAGGCAUGUAUGUGGGGUCUUUGAGGCGGCAGUCUAGCCUGGCCUCCUGCUGUACUAUAAGUGGUUUGCUCUUGGUGAAAAUCAUAAGAAGCCUUUUUAUAUAAUACAUAAACUAUCUAUUCAAAUAAAGUAUACAGAUAAGGUCUGAUGCAGUAAAUGGGCUAGUUUAAAAAGGACAAAUGGGGUUGGGGGGAUUUUCUGUUCUUCGAUGUUCUCCGCAUAUAGAGUCUCAGAUGCAUGUAGAGGUUCCGUGUGUGUGUGUGGCUGAUUUUGUCUUGAUCACAGUCAGUGACCAGGUGUCCAACAUGCCUCAAGAGGAGCUAUCCAAUCUGGGCUCAUGCUCUCUCCAGCCGUGUGUGUGCGUGUGCGUGUGUGUGUUUUAUGUGUGACGAUCAUUGAUGAUGUGUGGAGCAGAAACAUCUGGUGCUUGUUACUUAUUGCCAUGGCCAUUGUAGAGUCUGAGUGGUUUCUACGGUAACAGACCGACUCCUGAGUCUUAUAACUUAUAACACUCACCCAGGUCCAUUGUUUUAUCAUAGACAUGUCAGAAUUGCAUUCUGAAAUGUAUUAGUCAUUAGCUUUGCUAUUUUUAGUAUAUUUUGAUACAUUGUUUAGAUUUUUUUGGUGCCACAAGAAUCCUCUUCUUGUUCCCUAAAUGAAUCCUUCAUGGCUCAUAUUGAGGUUAUUAUGCAGCUCCUCAGUUUUAACAGCACACACGUGUACACACACGCACACACACACACGCACACACACACCCUUGUUUGAGUCCACAGAUUCAUCCUCAGACUGUGUUGUAGACAAUCUGAUUCUGUGUCAGCUGAUUGGCUGAAGACUCUGUGACCCCUUCGCUCCAGACAUGGUUCCCUUAGCAAACUGCCCGUUUUCUUUUCUUUUUUCUUUUCAUGAUGUUGAAUACUUAGGGCUGAAAAGGAAGAAAUGUAAACUACCUCGUUAUUUUUUGUUGUUCCUCCUUUUCUCUCUCUUUCUUGGCUCACUUUAGCUGUGUUCAUACACACGGGGCUUGUGUUGUUGUGCACCUGUUGUUUUGUGUGUGCGUGCUUUAUUUCACCUUGGUGCUUUACUGACGCUAUGGAACAGUAGUUUCAGCUCAUCCCUCACUUCAUUCACAACUUUCCCUAUUCCCAUCCCUGAAGUGUGUGUGUGUGUGUGUGUGUGUGUGUGUGUGUGUGUUCGUGUUCCUCACUGUGUUUGAUCACUCAGCGGAUGUUAUCCUUUGGGUGUCUUCACGCUGGCAGCACUUUUUUUUUUAUUAUGCAAUUGGUCACUUCACACCAUUUUUAUGUUUUUGCUCAGCCCCUGUGGCUGUUGCAUUUGUAAAGGUUGAAGUUGAAGAGAGUCAGAGCCCAGUGUGCCUGCUGGUGUCCGCUCACCGCUCGUUUUGUGCGUAACUUAGGGUCACUGCCAGUGGUUUGUAGAGGACUGGUCAUCACACCAGCUGCUUUGUCUGGAUGUGUGGGGGAGAAGUCUCAUCUGCUGCUGUUCUGUGCCCCUGCUCCUGUCGCCAUAAGAUGCUUAUUUUUGUGUUUUGCCAAGUACUCUUUAUCUUUGUUUUUCUGUAAGUUUGGUCAUUUAGUGAACAUUUUAAUGGACUUUUUCUCUGCCUGUUGGCUGAGAUCCUUUCUGUUCUCAUCUGUACAUUUUAAAAUUGUCUUUUUAAUUGAUAAUUUGGGGGGGAUUUCAGUGUCGUCCUUAGCUGCUAAUCAUGGUCAAAAGGGUGGUAAAUUGAAUGUCAAUCCCCAUUCUGUGUCACAUCAGACUUCUUCAUUGCAAAGAUGUAUGUAGUAUUUUGGUUUGGUCAGAAAUUAAAUCGCUUUAAACCUACUAUAAUAAUAUAACUCUUAAGGAAUGGUGACGAGCUUAUGGUUCCCUGUAUUUCUGUGCUUUCUGUGAUUUUGUUUUAAAUGUUUUUUUGCAUUUAAAAAGAUUUGUAGAAUGCUCUGGAAUAUUCUGAAACAUUGCACCCUUAGCAGAAUGACAACAUUGUUGUAAGUGUGAAGCCUACAUGCUGCAGUUUUAAGCACGUAUCAUACCAACCAUAGUCCUGGGCCAGCUGGUGCUUCAUGGCCAUACGUAUGUUGACCAGCUAACUGCAUACAACAAACAGUCUGCAUCUUGCAGGCAUAGUGCUACUCAUCCACUGUUGUCAGUCCGGUUCAAUAUGUGUACCGGUACUUAUCACACCCCAAGAAGACAUGUUAGGGGUGUUUUGUUUCUUUAUGGAUGACAACAGCAGGUACUCGUCUGUUUUGAUGUGAUGGACGAUGUGGACCCUCUCUGACCUGUUUGCAUGUGCACAGAACAAAGUAUAUAUCACAGACCUGCAUUACAACAUGCUGGUAAGGCUUUGCCUAAUUGUGUGAGUGUGUGUGUGUGUGUGUGUGUUUUUGUUUCCUUUUCCCAACAACCGAAGUAAUUUUAAAAUGGUGGCUGUUAUUUUAGACUUUUUUUCUUCCUCCCUUGCUGCUAAAUACGGUUAAGAAUCCCUUGUACUUUUGUUUGGGGUUGAGCCCAUUGAAAUUGAAGAAUUUAAUAUGGUCUGCACACCGACAUGAGCAAGCAGUUUCCCCAUCAACCAUCCCCCCCCCUCCCCCCAUCCUGCAUCAGAUACCCCCCUCCACCCUUUCCCCCCAUCUUUUGUUUCCCAUCCUGACUCUGAUUUUUUGGUUAAACUCAACUGUAUAAUAUUGUAAAUGUAAUGUAAGAAUGGAAAAUCACAAUAAAUUUUCACAAACAUUAAAA